CUGCUAAGAAGCGAACUACGUGACUCAGUUCAUCGUAAUGCGCUGCUGGUCCAGAAACUAGGCGAUGCCGAGAGAAGGGUUGAGGACGGAAAUCAGUCCAGGAAAACGAUGAGUCAGCAGAUUGCUGCAUUCCAAAGAGCCGAAGCAGAAUGGAAUAAGCUAGAACGAGAGAUGAGGGAAGAGCUGGUUAUGCUGCGCAAAGAAAGAUUGAUGCUGACGUCUGAAUUGGAAGAGUUGAAACGGAAGUUGGUAAGGGUAGAAGUGGAGAAGAAAGAGCUGGAUGGUUUUCGUGCACGUUUGGAUCGAGAAGUGGCAUCCCUCAAAAAACAUGUUGAAGCUUUGGAGGAAGAAAAAUCACGAACGGAGGUUGCUGUUCGCAAUACGCUUAGUGAGAGGAAAGCGAUUGAUAAGUCUCUAGCAGCCAUGGAGAAGGAGAACACAGAACUAUACAGGAAUUGCGCUCAGUUGCAGUCACAGAUUGCCCAGCUCGAAAGAGACACUGGUAAUCGAAAUAUGGCUAAAAUGAUGAAAGAGCAGAGCGAGUUGGAAUCGAGGAUUUCCAAGCUCUCUGUAGAGAAAAGACAGGUUCGUCUCAUCCCUUUACGAGAUAGUUCAAUCUCUCAUCUCGCAGCAUACAAUAAAUCUCUUCUCUUUGCAUCUACUUUCUGUGCGUUCAAAUAUCCUCGGAGUUACUAUUUUUACCAGAAAAUGGCUGAAAGGCUAUCCAUUCCCUAAUU